AGUUAAAUGGUACAGGACAAACGCUCACGAGCAUCGAUAAUCGCGAGCAAACUUUUCUCCUUUUUUUUGUCAUAACGCGCGAGCUCGAGACAUCGGACCCACAUCGGAGUCUCAUCUGCGUUCGUUGGUUCUGAACAUUAAAAUUGACCUUCACAUAAAUAACUUUAGUUCACAAUCGUGUAAGGAAAUUGUUAUAAGAGCUCAUUUCAUCCCGACGGGUAACUUAAUUUGCUGUUGUUAGCCAUGGAGGGUGUGGCACAGCCUUUCAGAGGCAAGAAGAAGUUGGUAAAUAAUGCCACGAAAAGUAAACUCGGUGUAGAUGCAAACGGAGCAAAGAUGCCAUUUGAUCUGUUUCAUAGUGGAGGAUCGGAUGCAAGCUACUCAACGUAUAAGUUUCAGAAUGAUUAUAAUGAAGAAAGUGGAAGACUGUCUGAGACUUUUACCCCAGAGUUCUCCUUCUAUGAGCAAUCGCGUCUACCCUACCAUUCCUGGGCAAUGCAGGACGAACCGUAUCAACUGAUGGAUUGUGCUCAAAGCACCCCCAAAAACAGGAAUCUUAAAGACGGCAUUGACUGUGGGAGCGAGGCCGAUCUCUAUGGAUUAGUGUCCACCAUCUUGGAAGAGGUUGAUCCAAUGGACUCGUACUUCUCUCAAGAUAGAAUAUCAACUGGUCUUACAACUGGGUGGUCUCCGAUGUCCCAGAAGGAGGAUGGCUUGCAGUGUUUUAAUUCUGAGGCGAAGGUGCAGUCUAGUUCUGGAAUUCAGUACAAUCCCGAGCCCGGCAUCAAACUCCACACUCGUCUAGUGGAAAGAGAGACUGAUCAAAGUGCUGACAUGUUACCGUGUUUCAGUGGCAUUGAGGCUGCUGACUCAUCCUGGCACUUUUCCACUUGCAAUGGAGAAUCUAAAUCCGAAUCCUACACCCCAGCUUUCCUAAAUUUACCCAGACCACCUCCUGGUCUUGAUAUCACACAUGCCGUGAGGUCCCACUUCUUCAAGACCAAACCAGGUAAAUCAGAGCACAGCGUGUCUAUCAAAGAUAGCAGCUUUUGCAGCACCGAUGAUGAAAUCUCUGACAGCCUGGAUGCCCAUUGCUGCCUUCCAACCGAAAUGAAUGACUCCUACUUCAGCCCAUAUCAAAAUUUCGCUGGCUUUGAUGGACCCAAAAUUGAAAAGAACAGAAUGUUCUCUAUGCAGGAUGCCAGCAAGCUGGCCAACAACCUGGAGGCUCUUUUUAUGGUGGAACCGGAGUGCAGGUAUAAUAGAGAAUCACCCGAGUGCAAUGCCAUGAAAGUUCAGGAUGGAAACAUUGUUGAUUUGAAGGGUCUACCUCUCCAAAGGAUGUCAGCAUUUGAAGCUCAUAUUGCAAGUCUUAAGAGAGAAAUCACAAGGGAGCAAAGAGAUAGUUGGGUUGGGAAUAUAACGACUAAGGAGUUUGCUGAUUUUGGUCAGCAGUCAGCAGACUAUUUUGAACCUCCGAAAUCCUUCUCUCCCUCUUUCAACUUUUCAACUCACCAAAGCAAAGAAGCCAACCAGAGAGAAGUAAGAAAUCUCCAAACCAGCUUCCGUCAAUACCAGCAUGGGCAAUCAAACCAGUACCAAUGUAACACCAAAUCUCCACCCAAAACAAGUGCCGAUCCACAAGGGACAUCUAAAUUCAUGUCUCAGUCUGUGGCCGAGUUUGUUCCUGUCCGGUCUCCGCAACAGAUGCAGAGGAGCGUACCUAGAAUACUCAGUGAUUUUGGGCAGCGUGAUGGGAGAAUGGGUCGCACGGGCCGGGGUUUGGGUCUGGAGGGCCUGGGGAAGUUAGGUGGCAUUGUAGACAGAGGAGAAUUUGACCUACAGUCAGAUAUGGGCAGAUCGGCCACAGGCUUUAUAGCUGAUUCGCACCCCUCUCCAUGUUUUGGAGUGAAGUCCCCAGCUGGCUUCCCGAAAGAGGCAGACAAGAAAAAAGCUCUGCUGCAGAACCCAUAUCGGAUUCUAGGCAGUAUGUAUGCAGGUCAGGCCAGACAAAAUGGAGCCAAACCUGCACCAUCCCAGAUGUUUCCUUUCUUGUACCAGAUGGGAGUUUCUGGACAGAACCCAUGCCACGUGUUCCCUUCCCGAUCCCCUCUGACCUACGGUGGCUCUGCGCCUGUAGUGGAUCUGAAUGAAUUACGGCCAGAUGCUGAAAUCCCCGCCCUAAACCCUUACCUGCAGGAGAUGAUGGGGCCAAGCCGAGCUGGACGAGAUGGACCCUUUCCUGGGUUAAUCUCCAACCUGAGGCCAUCCAACCAAAGCAACAGUCACGGUGGCCCUAUGAACCAGCUACACUAUUAUCUGGAAGAGUGCUAUGAACAGUGGAGAGUUUUGGAGAAAGAGAGAAAGAAGGCAGAAGCUAUCUUGCUAAAGAGCUUCCCAGGCAAGUGUAUAUCUGUGACGAACGGUAACUCUGUGCCCAAGCUGCCUCUCAACCCCACCAGAGUGGACAAGCUUAUAGUGGACCAGUUUCGAGAACAAGCCAAGGUGGUGAGCUUGUUGGGGACGAUAGAGCGCUUGCGGAGUUUUCCUCUCCAUGCUAAUAUCGGUUCGACUCUGGACAGGCACCUAGAAGCCAUAUACGUCACGCAGGCUCGCCGCAAAGACGAGUUCCUCAACAGCAGUAGACAGAGACAUGGCGUGGCCAAACUCAGAGACGACAGAGAUAUCCUGCUUUUGGCCUCUGCACUGAAGGACCUGAGCAGGAGCACCAGGACGUCUUGCACUGCUCUGUGGUGCGCUCUGCAGAUGACUCUGCCCAAAAAAGGCACCAGCGCCAAGGACGGAGAAGAGGGGAACAUGUCUUCAGUUUUAGCGCAUGACAGUUCUGACCAGGUUGCUCCUGAAAUAGCCCUGUGACUGUUUGCGAGGCAGUCAUUUCUCUCUGUGUGUGUGUGUGUGUGUGUACUAUCCUGAAGAGAAUGCUCAGUGAGGCGCUCGGUGGAGUGAGUGAAUGUUGUUGUGUAAGUUAUUAGACUGCAGUGAGUACAGUAGGCUCAGUUCGGAGCAAUAGAUGGAAUCCUCAGUUCUGUAACAUUUAUCAGUCUUAUUAAUAAUAAUCUCAAAUGAUAUAUAUAUAUAUAUAUAUAUAUAUAUAGAUAUAGAUAUAGAUAUAUAGAUAUAGAUAUAUAUAUAGAUAUAUACGGUCCUAUGAAUACGGUCAACUUUUCCAAAGGAUAGUAUUGCAGAGAGAUCAUCGCCGAGCCAUUUAGGCGGUGGAUUUCGAAAACGCCGCAUAUCUCUUGUGGACAGUAACGCUUAAAAGGACAGAGAGAAAGAGAACGGGAAAAGAUGGAUCAGAAGAGCUGGAGUGAGAAGCGGAAGAGUUAGUGUGGGACAAAACCCAAAAAAACAGAAAAGAACAGGGACAUUUUGGGUUGGGGGUUUGGGGGGGCGGGCGUUGUAAGCGAUCAUUGGAAAAGAAUGUAAAGGUCAGUGAGUUUGAAAAAUAACGAGAUCGUCACCCUCUUGACCUGAGAUUUUAGUAGCGGUUACUCCCAUUGGAAACGCAAACGAAACGUAAACCCAAGAUUGGUUUCACUUUGACGCUUUGAUUAGCGUGCUUUAAAGAAAUCCUGGGAGUAACCCGUACAUUCCGGCUAUAUUUAUAACUUCACCGUCCUUGUAUUUUACCUAUUUAUUGCAACAUGGUUACUUUGUAGCGUAAGGUUUUAAACAAUCAUAAUUGUAACGUAUUCUCUCGUUGAGAUUCUUUCUGUUAAUUGUUUUAAAAGUUUAUUUAUUUUCAAUAAGCAGUGUUCUAACGAGAUAAGUACAGAACAUCUCAAGCAUCUUUCAGUAUUAUCAAUCUUGUUGAAUCAGAUUUCUGUUUAUUUGAAGUUAAGAAAGAGACCGAAUCCCUCCGAAGACCUGGGUGGGAAGAACGAUGACCUCUGUGUGAACGGAUAAUGAUGUGCCAGGGACCGUCAUUGUUCUAAUGACAAUUUUAAUGUUUUUUUUUUUUUUGUUUCCGAUUAAUGUUUCAUUGGACCUCUUUUUUUGCGUUAUUAACGAAUACACUGUAGAACAAUAAAAGAACAGAAACCCAAGCUGACGCUUAAAAAUGGCUGUUUUAUAGUUAUUUGCACAGGUAUUAAAAUGUAGUCCGUUUGUAAUACAGCGUACAGUGGGGUAAAGCGGAGAGGUUCACAAGAGGUUAACUCUUAAAUGAAACAAUAAUAAUAAUGAUAAUAAUGAAAUCAUGAACGUAGGAACAAGUCGGCGAUCAAACGAACAUCAGGCUACACAGAGUCUUAGAAAGUUCGGGAGGACAAAAACGAUUAAAACAAAUUCACAGCGAAGAGACUUUUAAUGAGAGAUGUCCAAAGCCAUCAGGUCAAAAUGGUUGUUAUUAAUUCAUAUUUAAAGUUUUCAAUACUAAAAAUAUGAAAGAUACUGAGAUGCCAAUUAAUUCAAUAAUUAGGAAAUUUGUUCACCUAAUCUUUACGUUUCCCCAUACUGAUAAAAAAAAAAAAAAAAAAAAGACUAAAAAUGUAUUUUCAGCAGAAAUAUAAGGGUGGGUUCAAGGGAAUGUCAAUAAAGAUUUGUGUGUUAAACACGUGAGGAAAGAAAAGUGUAAAAUAUUCGUAAAGUGCGUGCCAAUACCACAGAGCAGCUGAAUUCUCGAAUCUGAUUGGUCAGAAACCGUGUUAUCUUUAUGUAACCGCAAGGCUCAGACAGUAGUUCCGGCAUCAACAUGAACAGCAGGUUUAUAUUAACGUGCUUGUUCUAAUACGUUAUCGUUUCUAUAGUAACAACUCUCUUCCAGGAAAGAGGAGUAUACUUUACGGUUUCUUGGUGAAAUGACAACCUGGGUUUUUUUCUUUUUUUCCUUGAGAGAGAAAAGGAGAUGCCGGUGAGCGAAAUAACUUGUCUCAGAGAUGUUUGAGAACAUCAAAUCUAAUCAUAAACCAUUAAAACAUGCGACACGGUGUCCGUUAAUCAACGGGACGUUGUAAUCGUUGGUAAAUCGCUGUGGUAUGAAUGGAAUAAUAAACACACUACAGACCUGGCUGUGACAGGAGGAAAAAAAUGAAUGCAUUUGGCAUGGUAUUACACCACUGUCUGUGAUUGUGUUAUUGCUAACAACUCGUCCUUUCAGAGAUUAGACACAAGACAAGUGACUAAAUCUUUACCUGACUGUACACGGAAACUUUUGUUAAAAUUCAGAUUAUAUCACGUUUAUUGAAGUUCAACAGUUGCCCUUAGGCUUUCAUUAGCAGGAUGUUUAGAGCACUAGAGUUUUCCUUUAUUUGUCUGUAAUUACAACGAAAUCUAAGUCAUGAAUAUAAAAGCUGUUCUCGGUAGAAGGCUGUAAUGUUUGGACUGUCAUGUGGUAAUAAUAAUAAUAAUAAUAAUAAUAAUAAUAAUAAUGAAAAAACAUCUUUGAUGCACUGCUUGUGUGUGUCUCUACCAGAUCCAACAGAGAUUACACAUUAUAACAAAAAUACACAUGAGCAACAAACCCCAUCAAGUCCCUUUGUAUUCUUUUAUAUAAUGUUUUUUUUUUUUUGGUAAACUCUGUCCUGCUACAUGAAAAGAAGGCCUGCAAAUUGUUGCGUGAUUUCACAAAGGCUUGUUAACUGAAACCAAAGACCUCCACUGUGUGCUAGUUUUUAACGUUAGUUUUCCCUCAACGAGCAGCUUUAAUAUAAUCACGUGUGUAUGAGCUUUAGGACAGAAUUAUGUAAGAAGUAUAGAGUAAAAAAAACAAAACAAGACUAAUUGUUUUUCCACAAGGCCAAACAAACCCAAUAUGUAAAUAAAACCAAAACAACGAAUUCUCUAUGCUCACUUCAUGUAUUUCAAAAGUCUCUUAAAGGAAUUCUAAGCAUCUACUGCAUCUGUAGCGCAUGUCUGGUUCUAACAGACAACGUCACCAUUAGAGAACUUGAAACUCUUAUAACUAAGAGCUACGUCUCUUUAGAGAUCAAACUUUUUUUUUUUUAUAAACAGUUGUUUCAUCCCAGAUUAUCAUCGGCAUCAUCAUCCGUACAUGACAGAUGCAGCAGAUUCAUGAGAAAUCAGGAGGAUUAAUAAUUAAACGCUGUGGUAGAGCAGCGGUUCUCAAGCUUCUCUACGUUCAGAAGGACAUUUUGGCAUCCACCCCCCC